AGUAAUGCUAUUUCCUCGCCUAAAACAACAGUGGAUGUGGCUACCGAGUCGGUAGCCAUGGCAACGCCCCGCCCCGCAGCCUGCCUGUCCAACCCGUGCCGGAAUGACGGAGUAUGCGUAGGGAACGCUGACGGAGAGACCUACACCUGCAUCUGUGCGGACGGCUUCUGGGGACAGAACUGUUUAAGAGAUGUAGAUGAAUGCACCGCCGGGUCAGCUCCGGCCUGUGACGUCACAGCCGUCUGUACUAACGUGCCAGGGUCCUUCCAGUGCGCAUGUGCACAAGGCUUCACGGGAGACGGUUUCUCCUGCGUGGAUCUAGAUGAAUGUACCGAGGAUGCGACAGCUUGCGAUGACGUCACGAACGCGGACUGCGUGAACACGGAAGGCAGUUUCCGGUGCGUGUGUAGAGACGGGUACCAGGAGUCGGGUGGGCAGUGCACUGAUAUUGACGAGUGCGCAGUGCAGUCUGGAGGCUGUGACGUGGACAGAGGACAGUGCGUCAACACGGAUGGUGGCAGGACGUGCCAGUGUCUGGACGGUUACCAAGGCGACGGGACAAUAAACAACUGUUUCGAUAUAGACGAGUGUGCCGAGGACGCGGCCGCCUGUCCUGACGUGACCUCCGUUUGUGUGAACACCGCCGGGAGCUUCCGCUGUGCCUGUCGGGAAGGGUACCAGGACUCCGGUGGGCAAUGUGCAGACGUGGACGAGUGCGCGGUGCAGUCUGGGGGAUGCGACCAAGACCGAGGCCGCUGCGUCAACACUCCCGGCAGCCGCACCUGCCAGUGUAGCAACGGUUACCAAGGCGACGGGACUGUCAACAACUGUUUCGAUAUAGACGAGUGUGCGGCUAACGCGAACGCCUGCCCCGACCCGAACUCGCGCUGUGAGAACACGGAGGGGAGUUUCCGCUGUGAGUGUAAGGACGGGUACACGGACGGACCAGCCGGGUUCUGUGCAGAAAUAGACGAGUGCGAGAGCGGCCCAUGUGCCAAUGGUGGUUCCUGCGUGAACCUGCUGUCCCGGUACCUGUGCCUGUGUGACGUGGGCUGGACGGGCGAUACGUGCCAGCUGCCUACACUGGACAACCCCAUAUUUGGAUGAACACACAAUAGCUUCUAUUUUUUGUACGUCUUUAAUAAUGUACCGUUUGGUUAAAUGUGUCUGGAAUUCUGUAAGGUGAAUGUAUGACAUCCCUGUUGCAUCAAGGACGUGAUCUUAUGCAAGACAUGCUCCGAAGCACGCCCGUAUCAAUAUCCAGAACACGUCGCAAGCAGAGCUACACGUUCUGGAUAUCCAGGAUUCGUCGCGAUCAUGGCGCAAAUUAGUGGAUAGAGCUUUGGGUGCCCGGAAGUUUGUAAGGUGAAAGGAUGUGAUCUUAUCUAAGACAUGUCAUGCUCCGAAGCGCAUCCUGCAUAACCAGGAAUCCAGUCUAUUCGUGGCUAAUGGGCUGCGUAGCUAGUGCAGGCUCUCUACGGGGCAGAUAUAGGCAGUCCGGUGAGAUACCUCCCUUACCGAAUAAAAAGAUGUCGCAAUCGUUUUUUCUAUAAUGUGACACACUUUAUUCAUUUCCAUUUAUUCCAGUGUAGCUUCAAUGCGUGUGAUGUUAUCUUACUUAUGUAUAAACUUAUGAUAAUAAGUAAACGUACUUUUUUUAAUUAAUGUAGCAUGAUGUGUAAAUGUGGCCUUGGUAAAAUGCGUUAUAAAAUGGCAAAAUAUAUAACAUAAACUUCGUAACUUCACCAAAUGAAAUGAAAUCAAAUGAAUAUAUCACAAAUGAUUUUUUUUUCUGACUGGAGAACUCCUAAACGAGACCACCGUACGAUAUAUCGAGCAAGACGUUCAUAGUUUAAUCAGCAACUCAUGCGAGAGACCACAAUACGUUACAUUCAGAAAACAAUCGAUUGUAAUUCAUGAGACAUACACGUCAUAUAUUACCAUGGCUUAUAUCCACACACUAACCAUCCCCAGACCUUAAAGUUUAAAUACUUUCCAUGUACAACAUGGUAUAUAAAUCAUAAGUUAACGAAAUCUUCCGUACAAAACUUUCUAUGUAUGUUGACUAUCAUCAUAUGUAAAUAUAUGCAUUGCUACAAGCGAUGUUCACCUGACAAAGAAAUAAACGAAAUGUAUAUGAGCGAAUUUCACCCAAAAAAGUUCAACAGUGUCAAAAUCGGUAUGAUAGGUAGAAAAAAAAUCAUCUUUUUCUAUUUUGUCUGAUAUCAACACCCUCCCACCACCACAGACCUGGCCUUUUGAUAUUAUAGAUAUAUAUUAAUUCCCGUCGUUCAAAAUCUUCCCCAUUGCACUGUUUUCAGUAACUUCACC